AUGGGGGCUGUCUCCGGCGUGGUUGUUGGUGAUGGCAAAUGCCUAGCCACUAAGGGAAGGGCUUCAGGGGUCACCCACACAGAAAAACUCCGGCAGGUUUCGACUUACAGGGGAGAAGCUACUGUCAUCUUCUCCAGGGAGGAUGCAGAGAAACUAGCAUCAUCUUUUCACUUGGCUUUGGUUAGUAAAUUCUCUCACGGUAGACCAGUGUUGGAGGACAUCAGGAAAUUCUUCUCUACCUUAAACUUCCAGGAUCAUGUUUUUGUCGGUUUGUUGGAUUACCGCCACGUUCUUAUCAAAUGCACUGCUGAGGCAGACUUCAACAGGUUAUGGACGCGAGAUAUCUGGCAUCUGGGGAAGCAUGCAAUGAGGGUUUUUCGAUGGACAAGAGACUUUCAUGUCCACAGAGAGUCGUCACUUGUGCUUGUAUGGGUGUCUUUGCCGGCUUUGCCAAUUCACUUCCAUGACAAACAUUCUUUAUUUUCGAUCUUGGCUCCAGUUAGGAAGCCUCUCUUCGUCGAUUCGGCUACGACAGCUAGAACACGUCCGAGUGUGGCUAGGUCAUGUGUUGAAAUUGAUCUGUUGAAGCCAAUCUACCAACGGGUGUGGGCAGCGGUUGAAGGGGAACCUGGCUUUUGGUAG